CAAUAAGAAGGGUUACCAGCUUAAAGGGUCGAGUAGACGUGUCUGUCAAGAAAAUGGUAGAUGGAAUGGUACUUUGAGYAGAUGUGAACCUGUCGAGUGCCAAGACACUGGGAAACUUGACUAUGGCGGUCGUAAUCCUGAUUUGGACAAAUAUGUUUAUGAAAGGAAAAUCGAUUGUGGACUGUGGCCGUUUGCCAGUGCCUCAACACGGAGAGAAGAUCGGAGAAACGAAGUCCACUUACUUGGGCGAGGUAUCCUUUAGGUGUAAUAAGAAGGGUUAUCAGCUUAAAGGGUCGAGUAGACGAGUCUGUCAAGAAAAUGGUAAAUGGGAUGGUACUUUGACCAAAUGUGAACCUGUCGASUGCCAAGACCCUGGGAAAGUUGACUAUGGMGGUCGUAAUCCCGAUUUAGACAAAUACGUUUAUGAGAGCAAAAUUGAGUUCAGCUGCAAGACGAACCACACCUUGAAAGGCGAUAAGCAUAUCAUUUGCCAGCACGACAAAACAUGGACAGGAACUAAACCUACCUGCUUACGUCCAUGCUCAGAUCCUGGAAUACCAAGGGGUGGUUAUCGCCUUCAUCAUUCCUUCCUCCACGCUGACAAAGUGUCAUUCACAUGCAAGAGUGGAUGGAAGAUGGAUGGUGAAAAGAACAUUGAAUGCAAUGAUGGGAAUUGGGAUAACAAGGCGCCAACAUGCUUGGAGGGAUGUACUAAACCAAGAUAUUCUUCCAACGGUGGCGUUCGACCAGAAAAAGGCUUUUAUUACAAUGGAGAGACUGUAGUGAUGUCCUGUGGCGAGAAUUACCAACGUAUUGGAGACACAAGCGCACGUUGUCGAAAUGGAAAAUGGAGUAACAAGCCACCAUCUUGUAAACGUAAAUGUUAUAAUCCUGGAAGUCCUUACUAUGGCUGGAGAAAUGGUGACGAUUUCUUUGAAGGAAAACAAGUUACCUUUGAGUGUAGUUAUGGCUAUSACUUAGUAGGCCUAAAAACAYUGGAAUGCUUGGACACGGGAARGUGGAGUGGAAYUGUACCUUCUUGCAAACGGCGGUGURCUUAUAGUCAGCCUUCUAGUAGCAAGACUACUCCAAUCAUCGCUGAUGGAGUGUCAGUCCGCCAUGGCACCUCAAUCCAAUUUAUGUGUAUCAAUGACUACACCCUUGUUGGAGAUCAAACUGCAGUUUGUAAAGAUGGCCGAUGGAAUCCCAGAAUUCCAAUGUGUAAAGCACCAUGUCAAGAUCCAGGACGAAUAGUUAAUGGGCAACUUUUUGGAAAUACGUUUACUCACAGAAGCAGUGUAAGAUAUGUCUGUAUUAAAGGCUACUCACUUGAUAAUCCAGCACCACUGAUAUGUAAUGAUGGACGAUGGAAUCGGCCUGUACCUUCAUGUAAAAAGAAGUGUGAUGAUCCUGGAACUCCCCGAAAUGCUAUUAGAGAUAGUAACAACUUAAAGCAUGGCUCGCAAGUCUCAUACACAUGCAAUGGAACUACACAACUUGUGGGUGCACCAACUAUAGUUUGCAAUGAUGGAAAAUGGUCUAGUCCUCCUCCAAAGUGUUUCGAGAACUGUCCAGAUCUGGGAGACAUACCAAAUGGGAAUAUUACUAAUAAUGGUUUUAAACACGGAGACAAAAUAUUCAUUCACUGUAAAAGUGGUUUUAGAAUCCAGGGUAGUCCAGAUUUGAGUUGCUACAAUGGAAAAUGGACGAAGCGAAAACCAAAAUGUGUUGGUUUUUGUGCUUUUCUUGGUCAUCCAAAGAACGGU